GCAGCGAAGUCAGGACGGCAGCGCCUUCGCAAUCUCCACCGAACCUUCGCCUCUUUCUUUUUCCCCCACCUUGUUCAAGAAUCUGAGCCGGUUUCCUCUCGGCACAUCGGCUUCCAUCACAUUUCUUCGUCUUCGCCUUAGCAAUCAGGACUCUAUUCCCGACGCGACACGACAGAAGCGUGACAAACAACAUCAUCAGAAAGAUGCCAGACGACGAUCUGAUUGACAAGCUGCUAGCCCAGCUGCCCGCGCCAUACCCACUUUCAACUGGGCGUAGCAGCAAUGAGACGUCGCUCCCGUCGGUCAGGAGGGAGAGAACCGUUGCUCCCACGUUCCAAAAUAUUCCUCCCCUGCGCGUCUCGGACCGUGGUUCAAGCAGCGAGCUCGAGCCAGGUGAAAUUGCCUCCACCCACACCGCCGGCAGUUCGCCGUUGGAUGGCGUUCAAAAAGGGCCAAUGGUCAUUCGCCCUGCGCCCGGAAAGGUUGACGUCGUUAAAGAGCUACCUGGCAUCAAAAAUCCAUUGUCUUCUCUCCUCCAUUCACAGGUGCCGGCCGGCCCAAAGCCCGUGCCGGGAACACCUCAGGAUCGGUUCAAGAACUCUGUUCUGGCCAAUCCUUUGAUGGGUACAAAGUCUCCACGUGCCCCGGGCAGCUGGGGCGGCCCUCAGCCGGUGUUCCGAUCCCAUGCUGGCCAUACCUUCUUCUCACAGAGUCAGGAGCGUGUGAAGGGCGAUGUGCCCGGGGGCUUCGGGGGAUUGCAAGCCCCCGGCAAGGCAAAGGCAAAGGUAGCCACUGCAACCGUGGCUAAACCUUCUGUUGGAUCCUCUGAGCACGCGAAUGACCAGACGCUCCAAACCCGCAGCACCAGCGCGAGCCGCCCCUCUACCAACAUACCAUUUGGUAACGUUCCAAGGGGACCGAAGAAGGACCAGCCUCAGGCUUUGUUAGCGCCAGAGGCUUCAGUUUCCUAUGAUGUGAACGCUAAGAAGAAACUUUCAUUGAGAUGUCAGUCGCUUGGGUUUAACCCUGAAUGGGUUUUGGGUGCAAAUGUGGGCGGCAAGUGCAGUUUCAACGUCAAGCUCCGAGACGUCAUGGUCGAAUCUGACGGUUUGUAUAUUGGAGAGCAAAUGGCAAAGGCGGUUGUUGCAGUUAAGGCGCUGAGGGAUUCGGAGCUUUGGAGAAAACUGGAGCGCUGGUCCCGUCCACCAGCGUCUUCCAAGGCCUCCGCGACUAGCCAUGCCAAUGGGUUCUCGGCCACGUCAACAAGCAACUCUCGCCAGAACAAAUCUCGUCAGCACAACUCUCGUCAAAACUUGCCCUUAGUCAAACGAGAGCCAGGCAUCUUGAAUGGUGCUGCGAGCCGCACUACCGAGGAGAGUGAGCGGCUUCAGCUUCUGAUCAUGCUUCAGAACUACAUCGGGCCCUCGGUGCCCAACUAUGCCGAUCGUCCUGAUGUUUGCAAAGCCUUUUUCGAGGGAUUAGCCAUGGGAGCUCGUCUCACAAGGCCUUCCCAAAGCCCGUCCGAGCACAUUCAGAAAGACCGCGCCGGAUCACGCUCCCCCCCAACCCGCCAUUCUAACAUUUCUGCUAGCUACCGGGCCCGUUCACCUCUUGGAGUACGUGGCAGGCUCACUCCGCCGCCGGUCUAUUUUCAGUACCCGGGCCGACCUGAUUCAAGUUACUACAGGCCGUGCAAUACGCCCCGCCGCGAGCCCCCUCGCGGACCAUCUGGUGAUUCCAGGGGAAACACGGUUGUCAAGAAGGAGUAGGAUGGACUUGAUCGACAGCAACUCUGCUAGCAAGCAGAACGAAUCGGUCGCGUACGACACAACGACCACAUGAGAAGGGGGUAUGAUGGCUGCUCGGGUGCGAAGGCAAACGUCUCGAGACAUAUUUAUCCCGACUUCUAUCCGAGAAGACUUAGUAGGAUAGUGAGAAGGAGCUAUUAUCCUGACUUUUAUCCCCCAAUUG